GUUGGAAUUUAAAGGGGAAAGACGCUUCAGACUUAUCUGGCCCAUUUUCACUGCUGGCCCAGUUUAUCUGACUUCACCCCGCUGUCUUCUAAACCCCAGAGAGUCUCCUCAUUCAGUACUGGUUACUAGACCCCAGGACUUUGAGUAUUACGUAAGAGCUCGUACUUGUUAAAGGAAAUAAGGACACCUACGGAGUUUGAUGACAGAAACAUCAGUCGUCCGAAAAGGCUGCCAGAGCCUAUCCCAGGCCACGUAGUUCACGGGGAUGGGAUGGACCUCACACAGAAUGCCAGUCCGGGAUGCCAGUCCAUCACCUGGCGCACUCACACAUUCACACAUAAUGGUGCAACCUAGAGGCACCAGUUAAACUAACCAUACGUCUCCGGACUCCAUGAAGAUACCUUCAUGAUGCCAGUAGGAGAACUUCACACAGAGCACAUUAUGGAUUCGAACCCUCAGUCCUGGAGGAGGGGGGGCAACUGUGCAAGCCACUAUAUUAUCUGUAUAUAUGCUUUAUAUCAGAUCUCUAUUAACAUAUUUUAAAAAGGGUACAAAGACUGAAUGAAAUUCUUUUUAAACUCUUACAAUGUAGAGCAGAGGAUAAAAGUAGCCCAUGAUUUAAAUCCAAGUAUUUAAAGGACAACAAUGGACAAUGGGGGGAUUUGUGGAAUUACCAAAACGAAGAUUUGAAUUUUGCAUCGUAAACAAAAUGCCCUUAAAAAUUCCAGAACAUUCCCAGCUGUCACACCACAGGUCUGCACACAUCUUGGACAAACGACGAGGUGUGUCGUUUCAAUGCACUCACUCAUACCUGGAAAUAAGGGGAGAUUUUGAUUCAUGCAGCCCAAUGGACGGCUUUGGUAAAUACUGUCCCACCACAUGUGGUGUCGCCGAUUAUCUGAACAGGUACAAGCCUGUGGUUGACAGGGACCUUAAUGAUCUUGAGUAUUUACUGGAGGAAAUAUCCAACCAAACAAAGGGGGCACAAGACAAAGUGACUUACAUGAGAGACUCAGCCACCGCAGCAAAGAAAUCCAACGAUCCAGAUGUUUACAUUAAAAAGUCAACAAACAUGUUGGAUGAUAUUCUGAGAUUCGAAAAAAGUAUAAUUUCCCAGGAAUCCCAGAUAUAUAAGCUUCAGGAAUCGAUUGACUCCAAUGAGAAAAGGAUGCUUCAGCUGAAGCAGAUGAUCCUCAACCUGGAACAGAUGUGCAAGCUUCCCUGUGAGGACACUGUCAAGAUUCAGACCGUCACAGGCAAAGAUUGUCAAGACGUUGCUAAUAAAGGUGGUAGGACUAGUGGUCUGUAUUUCAUCAAGCCCCUGAAGGCCAAAGAACAGUUCCUGGUUUACUGUGAGAUGGACAACAAUGGGAAUGGCUGGACGGUGCUCCAGAGGAGGCGCGAUGGCAGCGUUGACUUCUCCCGGCCCUGGAUCCCGUACAAGGAGGGCUUUGGCUACCUAUCCCCGGAUGACACCACCGAGUUCUGGCUGGGCAAUGAGAAGAUGCACCUAGUCACUUCACAGUCUACUGUUCCAUAUGUGCUCAGGAUAGAGAUGACAGACUGGGAGGGAAACAAAAAGUAUGCAGAUUACGCCAGCUUCAAAGUGGGCCCAGAGGCAGACAGUUACCGGCUGAUCUACGCCUACCACCUUGGAGGAGAUGCGGGCGACGCGUUCGACGGCUUUGACUUCGGUGACGACCCCAGCGACAAAAUCUUCACCUCUCACAACGGGAUGCAGUUCAGUACCAGCGACCGGGACAACGACAAGUAUGAUGGGAACUGUGCAACACAGGACGGCUCGGGCUGGUGGAUGAACCGCUGCCAUGCCGCACACCUCAAUGGCAAAUACUACCAAGGUGGAAAGUAUACUGCAGAACAAGCUGGACCACAUGGUUUCGACAACGGCAUCAUCUGGGCGACAUGGCACAGCCGGUGGUAUUCCAUGAAAGAGACCACCAUGAAGAUCAUCCCCAUCAACAGGAUGGGCACACUUGGCCAGCAGACCACCGGGGUCAAACAAAUGGGUGGUAUUGGGGACAUUUGAAGGACACUUUCCAAACAUCUAGCUGCGUUUGUGAUGCCAUACUCCGCCAUUGGUCACUGAGGGAAGAUAUAUGCCAGGGAUUUAAUCAGUUCGAUUGACUGGAGGCCGCUUGACCACUUGACAAAUAAAUUUUUUUUGUGCA